CGUCCAAGAGUUCCUGCUCUCCCCUUUCAGCUCGUUUCGUUGCCAGUUUCAGUUCCCAACCAUAACAAGGAACUUUUCCUGACUUGAUAAACGCGAUUGCCUCAACGAGAACCGAAACCCUUUCGAACGCCACUCACGACUCAAGCGCAGGAUGCCGACCACGGAGAUCCUCGUUGCACCUUUGACUGCCGGAAGUGACAUUGGCGAUCCAGACAAUGCAGCGGCAGUGGUGAUGAAGGAAGUUGGUGACAGGCUAGCUGCGACGGCUGGUGUGCAGCAAAUCUACUUUGGCACGUGGGUGGAAAGUCCAGACACCUUUCAGCUACUAGUCAACUGGGAUAAGAUGGAUUCGCACAAAGCAUUUAUAGCGACGGAAGUUUACCAACCGUUCCUGCAGCGUUUCCUGACGAUGACCGCCGGGGCGCCACGGAUGAUUCACGCCGACAUGCAGCCAGAAAGCGAAUUCAGCAGAGCAGUGGCAGCUCCAGUGACUGAGGUGGCCACGUUCUAUUUUGAUGGUGAAGCUCCAGCAGAUUACUUGGAAGGAGUGGAGAAAUUCCGGCAAGUCAUCGAGAAGGACGGUGCUGAUGGAUACCUCGGAGCAUGCGUAGGAAGCACAUAUGAGGAUGAUAAUGAGAGGGAAGGCGUCAAGGGUCAGGCGGCAGUGGUGUUGAUCGGGUGGGAGAGUGUGGACAAGCACAUGGCUUUCCGCGAGACGUCCAGCUUCAAGGACAACAUCAAAUGGCUGCGAAACGGAGCACAGAAGAUCGAAAUGCAUCAUGUGCAGUUCAUGGAGUUCGUGGCAGGGUAAGUGUGUUGGAGUGCACAGCUGGAAGAUAUGGCAAGGCUGUAAGUGGAGGAUGAGGCAAUCUUGGGAGCGUUCAUCAAAAUCUCCUCGACUCGCGGCUGCGCCAAGAAAUGCCAUCUCGGCGUGGGCCUUGCCUUGGAUCAAUGGCCGCGCCGCGCCACGGGCGUAAUCAUGGACAGAGUCAGACCACGGACAGCGAGCAUGGGCUGUCACUGCCUCUCAGUAGUGAAGAGGUGUCGCGCUUGGUGAGAAUAAUGGAGCGGAUGCCGUGCAUACGGUGGUUGUGCGGAGUCGCAUUUGUUUCAGUACAUAGUAUCCGCAGCUGAAUUGGAGGCAAACGCCGCUUACUCCGU